AUGAAUUCAAUAGUAUCUGGUGGCAUUCAGCUCUCUGAUCGAGCUAAGAGUCUUCAUGGGAAAAUGAUUUUGAAGGGGCCAUCGUCGUUCUUCACCCAGCCUGAGCUAAAAGAGCUAGCAAGCUCACCAUCACUCACCGAUUUGAUGUCAAUCGUACAGGAGCUUCUUAACAAUAACCUGAUUAAGCUUAUAAAACAAAACAACGAAUUAAGAUUUCAAGCCGUUGAUGUAGCAGAGGCUCAGAAGAAAGCAGCUAUGAGUGCAGAUGAAGCACUGGUUUAUUCGUACAUCGAAGCAAGUGGGAGAGAAGGUAUAUGGACCAAGACGAUCAAAGCAAGAACUAAUCUGCAUACGCAUGUUGUGUCAAAAUGUCUGAAGUCUUUGGAGUCACAGAGAUAUGUCAAGAGUGUAAAAAGUGUAAAAUAUCCAACUAGGAAAAUCUACAUGCUAUAUAAUCUUCAGCCCUCGAUUGAAGUUACAGGUGGUCCAUGGUUUACUGAUAGCGAGUUGGAUGUUGAAUUUAUUAACAGCUUGCUAACUAUUGUGUGGAGAUUUGUCUCCGAAAGAACAUAUCCUAGUGGUUUCAAUAACUUCAACGGAAAUUCAAAAGAAGUCCUGUACGCAGCACAUGUCAACAAUUAUUCCACGACAGAAGAAAUACUAGAAUUCAUAAUUAAUGCCAAGGUUGCUAAUGUAGAGCUCUCCAAUGCUGACAUACGUUCGCUGUGUGAAGUUUUGGUUUAUGACGAUAAGUUGGAGAUGAUAGCAUUCGACUGCUACCGAGUGACAUUGCAGAGUGUUCUUGAAAUGACACAUCCUGAAGGUCAAUCAAAUAAAGAAGACGAGCAAGCGGAAUUUACUGUUUUUAAGAGCAGCUCCAUCAUAUCCCCGUCAUAUAAUGAUAAUGAAGCAGUGUACUUUGAUGAGUGGACACUAUAG